UUCUCAGGUCUUCGUCAAUCAAAGGGAUGUGCUACUAAAAAUCUUGUCACUACAACGGCAACCCCUGUUUUUUUUAGGGACGCAUUUGAAAAAAUAGAUGAAGCAUCUCCACAUAGUGUGGUAAAUUCCCUGGUUUGCCCAGGUUGCCAUUCUUAUACAGAUGAAUGUCAUUAUCACCCAGUGCAUUGUGAAGGCGAAGAAAAUGUGUGCCUGACAGAAAAAAUAUCAACCAAAUUUGAUCCUGACACUGAGUGGUACCCAGGGAAAGAUAAAGAGAAUGAAUUUGAAGUGAUGAGAAGAUGUGGAAAAGCUGCAGAGUGCAACCGAGUUGGAACUUUCACCAGUAAAAUCAAAACGUUUACAAUUAAUACUACCUGUUGUAACUCCAGCUUGUGCCUUUCUCCAGUCCCCACAUUACCUACCCAAGCCUCUUCUGAAAAUGGACUGACCUGUCCAACAUGCUAUACACAGAACUCCAUGCGAUGUAUAGGAUUAGACCCCUUAAACUGUGUAGGAAAUGAGAAUCGCUGCAUCCACUACACAAAAAAGGAAUUUUAUGAAAACACUUUGAGAACUCAGUCUUUGUAUGGAUGUACCACAGAGAGCAUCUGCCGAUUGGGAUCAUCCAAAAUAAAAUUCUUGUUCAGAUCAAAUAAAACGUUCAAGACCAUAACAAUGGAUAUGAUGUGCAGUGGCAGUAUGAGAUUAAACUUUACAUCCCUCUCCUACAUGGGCUUCCUAUUAGUAGGUGUGGGAUUGUUUCACUUAUAAAUAAUCUUAUUUGAAGCCUGUCUCUGUAGGCAUGUAUGUGUCCAUAAAAUACUAAAUUAUUAUAUAUUACAGUGAAGCUAAUACUGACCAGGUUGAGUCAUUUUUUUUUCUUCUUCCAAUGAUAAUAAAGAA